ACGCCAGCGCGACCCGCGGCGAGCCGCGGGACUCGCGCGAGAGUUCUCCCCGUGUUUACCCGUUUUGACGUAUGUAUCACACGAUUCCGCGUAGGACUAUGUUAUUGCGCGCCGUUCCUCGAGUGUCACCCGCGAGACGUGGCCGCGCCGACUGCGGACGGCCGUUCGGCGAUCUCUCGUAGCUUUUCGCGUCCAAGAGGUAUUUGUAGAAAAAAUGGCAGAUGUCAGGCUACUCAUCCAAGAGGAGGGUCGCGCGGCCAGGAACUUGGUAGCUUUUAACGUGCCCGUUGGUACGAACAACGUGGAGAAGAUUACGAAGAAGCCGCCAAGCGUGCCGAGGCAGGCGCAGUCGGGUGCGACGAAGCGAUCCAUGAAACCAACCACGAGAGUGAGGUCCGCUUCUACGGGUCGCGAUAAAAAGUCCGAAUUGCAGGCGCGAUACUGGGCGUUUCUAUUUGGAAAUUUGCAAAGGGCGGUCGACGGUAUCUACCAGACGUGCGAGGAGGAUGAGAACAUCUCGGAGUGCAAGGAAGUUAUUUUAGUGCUCGAGAACUAUACCCGGGACUUUCACAAUUUAAUAGAAUGGUUCAAAGUCAAGUGGGCCUACGAAAAUUCGUCGCCGCCGCUACGACGGACUCCGCUGGCUUGGGAAGUUAGGAAGACGUCGCCCUGCCGGACAUGGAAUUCAACGGUAAUUCCAAAGUCCACCAGUCCCUUGCAGAGGGCGAGCCCGACGGAGUCGGUCUGCAAAAGUCCGGUCGACCAAAUCAUAUGCGAGAGUAAACCGAUCGUAAUGGACAAUAAGGUCAAUCAUGCUAAAGAAGAGUUUGUCCACAAGUUGCUGAAGGAUAAUAAAAACAACGUUUGCAAGAAUUGUUCUACCGACAUUAAAGAGAAACGUAAGAAUGGAGUGGACAGGAUGGGAAAUCAGGCGACGAGUAAGGAGAAGUCCGUGUCGGCGAAAGCAACGAACAAAGUCCCUGUGAAACAGGCAGUGCAGUCGAAAACGAAUAGCUUUGUGGAUCGCAGGACGUUGAACGACGGUGUGGCGUACGACGCAAAGAAUAAAAUGGACGUUAGAAAUAUUUCCAAACAGACCAAGGACUGCUUGCACAGCGGCGUCGUAAAAGUCGAUUCUAAUUUAUCCUCGGAAAAACGGGAGCAAGCGUGCAGGAGCGAUAAAAGUGUUCAGCUGGGUUCGUGUACUAAUUGUGAGCUCACGCAGAAGGAACUUAAUGGCGCAAACGUUAGAGAUGGCAAGACAGAGGGGAGAGGUGUGGAUAGCAAAUUGUCGUGUAAUAAAAGUAACGGAAUGGGAAAGAAUGAGAUUAAUGCCAAAGUUAAAAAAGAUAGUAAUAGAAAGUGCGAGAGCACCGUUAAUGCCGAAAAGUUGAGUACAAAGGCAGCUAUCGUUCAGAGUACUUCGGAAAAGGUAACUCAAGUUAAUUGCCAAAUAAAUAAGCAUCCCCACGAAAUUAGCGAUAAGUCAAGUACUAAAGAUAUUUCGAGUGCAACAUCGAAUAACGUAGACAAAAGCCCCGUGGCAAUUAGCGCAAACAGGCCCGCCUAUGCGACCGUGUCGCAAACGAAAAGAUCCAAGGUGCAGUUGUCAGGCCCGUCCGAAACUCCAAAAUUCAUCCGCAGCAAAACUUGUUUGAGCGAUAAAAAUUUUCCUGCUUCAAGUAAGAGGAGGCCUGGAACGUCUGUUAUUGUGAGAGAACCGUUUCAAACUCCUGAAAACAAGUUAUCAGAACAAAAUGCGAAGAGAGAUCAAAAUAGAGACAUGAAUGGAUCGGUAGAAGUUUUAACCAAACAAACAGCAUCUCCAAAGUUGAAAGACGAAAGCGAUGGCUGGCAAACAGUAAGGAACCGCUGUAGAAGAGGGAGCACUCAUAAUUUGAACAUGUCUACGCGUUUUCAUAAACCAAGCACCGCUCUAUCCUUGCCAGCUUUGUCAAUAGAGAGCCCGUCGGAGAAGCUAAAGAAGACUAGUUAUACUCCCGAUGGGAAUAAGCAAAAGAAAAAGUGUGUCGUAGGGAAAACUGGUAAAAAUAUGAAUAACGAGGUUGAGAAAGUUAAAGGAGAGUUCAUAACGUCUACGAUUAAAAGUAAUUUCGAGGACACACUUAAAAAGAACACGCUGAAUUUGUGCGACACCAAUUCGACAUCAGUGAUCGCAGCUAUCUUUAAGAAUGACGCAGAAUUACUUGAGAAACGUAUACAACAGUUUAUGACCGCUCAGGCGGAAAGAGAGAGAAUUAUCCUGGAGGAAGAGAGAAAGACGGAAGAAGCAGAUUCUCAAAGAUCUCAGCAGCUGUCGGAUGAGGAGGCGUCCUUGAAGCGGCAGAUUUUGGAAUUGGAGUCCACUGAAAUUGACGUUGACACUGAAACAGAUGAAACGGAUGGCGAAAUGGUUCUCGAGAUGGAAGACGAACCCGCAGUAUCGCUCAGUGUCACUGAUGACAUUAGUUUAGAAGACAGGUACGAAAAUAUGCUAGAAGGAAUGUCUUGGGCGGAGCGAGUCGACACGCUUGCACAAUUGCGUGCAUUAGUGGCUCGUCACCCUGGACGUGCUCUAGAACUGCAUCAGAAACUUUCAUCUCCGUCGCGAAAAAGAUCGCUGCCUGAAACGUUAAGGAGAUAUCAAGCGAAGCAAGCCUGUGCUCAGCACAAACGUCAAAAACUGCUCAUGGAGAAGUCGCAACGAUUGCGGGAGCUAUUGAACAAAGUGGAAGACGUCAAAAGUGCCAAGAGUCAGUUGAUAGAAGACAAGAGAAUCAGGAUGGAAAUGAAACUUAAAAGGGCGGAAGAAAAUAGGACACAACAUUUGUUGGAAAUAGUGAGGAAAGCACACGACGAGGAUUCCAAGUUGAAGGAAAUAGCUUUUAUCAAUGAACUCGAGGCACAAAAUAAGAGGCAUGAUUUCAUGGCGUUAUGUCAAGAACAAGAAGAAAGAUUACAAGGUAUUCAAGAAGAACGUCAACGUCGACAAGAGGAAAAAGCUGCCAAAGAAGCUGCGGCUGAAGAACGUCGAAGGGCUUUGGAAGCGGAGCGGCAGUUGCGAAUACAAAAGAUGAAGCAGGCACGGCGCGAACGUGAGGAAAGGGUUGGCAAAAUGCAGCUCGAGAGAGAAAAAGAACGACAAGAACUGGCGAGGGAAAAGGCACGAGACCGCGAGGAACGCUUGUCGGCACUUCAUGCGGCGCAGCUGGCUAAUCAGGAAGAGCUGCAGAAGAAAAUAGCGCAAAAGCAGCAAGAAUCCGCUAGGCGGCACGUGGAGAACAUCGAGCACAUUCGGCAACGUGCGGUCGAGUCUUCGAUUUUAAGAUCGGAGGAAGUGCCACCCACUCUCAAAUCGUAUCCCGCUCAAAAGCAAUGUUCUCUAUGUGGCACGAUUAUAUCGAACGAGGUGCAUCUUCUAAGUCACUUGAAAGGGAAGAUACAUCUUGAGGCAGUACGAAGCGCGCAUGAUAACCGCGAGCCGUCGCGAGACGAGCUUCAGCGUUUCAAUAUUGCGCAGAUACGGGACGUUCCCGUCACCGUGAUCAAUAAUAAUAACGCGAACAACAGCAAGGCUGUGAAAGAGAAGCAGAAGGCGCUGAAACGCCGAUGCAGAAAAAUUAAGCAACGCAUGAGCUCACGCGGCCAAGAAUGGGAAGACAGGCAAAAAAGUGAGACCAAUCAGAAUUUAUCCGUCGAAUCGACCAAUAAAGCCAAAUUCCGCCGUAAUUUGAAGGAGCUAGAUAGAUUAUAUAAUAAUCAUUCCAAAUCAGCAUGGUCGAACAUAGCACUGGCCACGUUGGAGCGCUGCGUAGGGGAAAUUGUUCGAGCCUUCUCCAAAUCGUGUCCGCUUGAUCAAGAUGCUUUUAAAUGUUUGAAUGGAUUUGACACUUUAACAAACUUAUUGGACUUGGGUUUAAAUACACAAAACGCAUCUUACGUUUUACCGAAUAAGGCAAUCACAUCUCUGUGCCGAGUUUACAAGGCGGCGAUCAGUGAAAACAUCGACAGCAUAGAAGCUAUUUUAUUAAGCAACAAAAUUCUCGUUAUUUUGGAUCUACUUUUACAACGUUUAGAGACCCUGACUAGUCUCGACGACCACGCUCAGACUCAGGAUGUAUCUGCCAAUUCAACCGGAAAUGGUACAGUAGCCGCCAGCGCGACGCAAUUGCUGUGCAGCCUGAUCCCCGAAGAGCCCUUUGAGAAAACGGUCUUGCAGACUCGCGUUCAAGAUAUUGCCGGAUAUCUGGUAGCCGGCGGCUUAGUGGAUCGCGUGUCACGCCACAGUCGGGCCCUGAUCGAGACGGAUUUCUUUCUGGAUCAGGAGCAUGAGUCGCCGUUGCUGGUAUCGUCUUACGAUCUUCUCGCGCGUAUCUGCAGCCAUCUGAGGAGGUCCGUCGAUCAAGAUACUGUCAGCGUGCACGGCGAGGGCGGCGGCGUUGAGCAAACGAGCAACGAGUCGCACUUGCUGUCGACCUUGUCGACGACCGAGGCGUCGAGCGCAAUCGGCACUCUUUACGCGGCGGUCGCGUACACGCCGCAGAACCAGAAGGGUGCUUCGCCCACCCCCAAUCAGACGUUCACCACCGCCGUGCGGACCCUGGCCAGCCGCGGCCUCAAGCUCCUUAAAUCGAUCGCGGAACUCGAUCUCCGAACGCUACAGAGCUUCCUGGGCGCCGAGGGCACGAGCCUGCAGUGGCGGCUGAUAGCGAGCCACCUGAUAACCCGACUGUCCCGCGACUCUUUGUCGGACAAGUCGGAGGGAUCCAUGCCGAAUGCAAGCGGUAUCCACAUUCUCUCGGAGCUGUUUGCGGUGCUCGGCUACUUCGCCCUCAACAAUCCGGACAAUCAGCUGGUGCUCCAAUCGGCUGGCGCGGGCCCCAGCGUCCUCCAGCAGCUGUGUACCCUGCCGUUCCCGUUUUACGGAGAUCCCAGAUUGAUACCGUACACGUUGCCGGCCCUUUUGGCUGCCACCCACGGCAAUUCCGAGGCGAUGGCGAUAUUGUCCUGCGAAAUGUCGUACGAGUUGCUGAAGCAGUACAGAAAUUCGGACGAAGGUAAAUUAAAUCCUUUGGUGCGUUUGCUGAAGGAUAACGCCUAGUCGUUGGCCACGUUUCGU